AUUUAAAAUACUCGGGGUAAACACAAGCGUGCAGAGGACCAUUGGUCGCUUUAUUUGGGAAUAAAUAACGGUUUUGUUUACACGAACUCAUUUAUGUGCAGAGAUUUGUGAAUGAAAUGCAGGCUGUUGCUCUGGUGAAACGAUUUUUUGCUAAAGGAAUUUUAUCUUUUAUUAUUCCAUAAGAAACUUAAUGUAUAAAAUAUAAAAAAAGCUUUCAACGCAAUGGCAUCCGCAGGGAAGGGAAAACUAUUUGGGCUUAAACCAUGCGUCGACAUAUUGGGAAACACGCAAGCACAUGGUGUAUAUUUCACCCCACCCUCCUCCGUAUGUAUGCAGUGUCGCUGUAAUAAUGGCGCUAAAGUGAGUUGUAUUGCUAUAGAAUGUCAAAAGCCAAGCUGCAAGAACUUUAAGCAAGUACCUGGCAAAUGUUGUGAUUAUACUUGUCCUAACGAUGAGAGUUUAUCCGACACGAAAACACUGGCUGUUGUCAUCACGUUGUCGCUAAUGUUGUUCUUCAUCGUUGUUGCUAUUAUUGUUGUGUGGAGGAAGAUGAGAAGGAAGAAAAAGUUUGGAAAACGUCUCGAGUGUACUUCGACAAGUAGUACGCAGGAAGAUUUAGAAACAAGCUUGGAUCCGACUUCGAAAAGAAAUUCUCUACCUAAACCUACACACGAGCAACAUCCAUCACAACAACAACAACAAUGUUCACCGCCAUUUUCUUCACCUCGUUCGAUAACAUCAUGCUCCAGCGUGAGCAAGGUAGACUCAUUUAAAAAAGACAGUUUUUGCGAAAAAAUUUCGCCUCGUUCACCCAGAACACAAACAUAUAACGAACUUAAAGCACACGCACUAAAUCAACAUGAAGUGAUUGUGUGUUGCGACGGCGAAGGGUGUUGCAAGCAUACAACAAGAAGAUUCGAGCCACCGCCCCCGUAUUCUCCCCCGAAAAAUUUGGCCUUUGUGUAGAUAAUGAUAAUAAUAAUAAUUUAUUUAUUUAUUUUUGUUUGUGUGUACAUGCAUAUGUGUUAAUAUAUCAAGCGUUGACCGCAGGUCUGUUAUAAGAAGAAUAUAUAUUUCUCUGCUCGAGCUGUUAAGAGAGUGCAUAAACUUAUUGGAAAUAAGGUUGCUUCUCAUUUUUUUAGUUAUUUAUUUACAUAAACACUACGCCGCUUCACCUAUAUUUCAAAUUUUACAUAAUUUUUAUUUCACCCUCUCAUUUUUAUAUUCAUAAAGAGUUCGAAAGACAAGCUAUAUGAAAACUAAUUAAAAGCUUCAAAUAUAACCCAUGCGCGCACGGUUUGCGUUACUAUUAAAAGACUGGUGACGAAUUGCUUUUUUUUUCACUUCGUGCUGCAGUAAGUUGCCAGUCAUUUUGUGUUUGCUUGUUAUAAAUAUUUAAAUAAUUCUAUAACUCAAUUUUUUCAUAGCUGUCCAGAUUUUUCUUUUAACGCUGGAAAUAUUCUUGCGUUGUGAGCUAGUCGUUAAAGUUCUUUAGUUCAAUUAAACUGAAGUUGUGUUAAACGAAUUGGAUGUAUAUAGAUAAUUUGUACUUGCACUUUAUUUUUUUAUUAAAACCAAGAACGAUCUUAAAUAGCUUUUUGUUUGCCGUAAUCCGAGCGACCGCAAGAAAUUUAAAACUGAAUACACAUAUUUGCCUUUAUCUUAAUAGUUGAAUUGCCAAUGUUUACAAAUGUUGUUGGAUUUUCGUACUUGCGCGCACAUUCUUUUAGGCAAAAAAGCAGGACCUUAUGGGAAAAGAUGGCUUUUAUUAAAAUGGGUAGAUAUUUUUUUGGAACGAAAGAUCCAAAAGUGCGCAUGUCAAUUAUUCUCAAUGCAAAAUCAAAACAUCAAUUCAUACAGAAAUAUUUGUAGUAGAGUACCCCCAUCCCACCCCUGUUCCAUAAUUUUUAUUUGUGGUUUGGGUUACAGCAAAGCAAAUAGUUAUUUAAGGACAGCCCUCGUAUGUUGUAAAAUAUUUUUACAACUUAUUAUCCAGGUCAUUUUUAUGAAAAGAUUAUACCAACAGGAUUGUGAUCACAGUUUUAUUAUAGAACAUGAUUUACUGACCACA